AUGGUCAGCUCACUUGAGUAUUUCUUUUCAAAGCCCAGCGUCUAUUGCUCUUGCUUGCACAAGUUGAGGGGAAGGUACCUUGGUAAUGAAACUAUUAUACCCGUCGAAGAGACAGAAAGUGAACAGAAGGGCAACAAUUGCCUUGAAGACCCUUUUUAUACCGACCAAAUUAUGAAAGCACUGACAAAGACGAUCAAUGACACUUGCUUUGCUGAUUCUUCUGCUGAUUCCUCUUCUGAAGGUCCAAAUAAGUUUUGGGCUCGACCUCAAGACAGCCCGGAACUCACCCUGAAAGAAUAUUCCGACAGUGGUAGUAUUGGUGUCGUAUUUGGUCAUGAAGAUGAAAAUUCAGCCUAUUCGUAUCCCAUCGAACCAUCAUGCGUUACCAACCAAAGUCAGACAUCUCGCUCUAGACGCCGUCACCACAGUCAUCAAUCGACAGCACAUCCUGUCACUGCCUUGCGUGCCAAUGGAAGGCCUCAACAUAUUGACUCUAAAAGGCACCAGACAAAGAUGCUUCUGGUCUCAUUAAUUGAGUCAUUUUGUCGUAGCUAUGGCGACACCCCUGAAGCCAAUCACAAAGUGUUUUUUCUUAUUUGCCAAACAUUAAGCUCAUUUGGGAUCAUUGAUUCCGAAUUUGUCGACGAGGUGGCUUCUGCCCGCUCCUCCUACAAUCGAUCGUUUCAGAAUCUGUUUUACACUGUUGUCCAACGUGUACGCAAACAGGACUACUGGCUAGAGGACCAGCAACGAAUGAUCACACAGACCCCUUGGCUAGAUCUAAAUAAUAAUCGACAGCCUAAUGGAUCCGAAAACAACAGCCCGUCAUUCUUGUUUGGUCAAUCACCCCAAACCAACAAAGAAACAGCAAAAGAAAAAGAAGAAGAAGAUAUUUCAUCGUCCCUUGAGAGCAAAUCUACCCAUCGUUCAGAUCUACUCUUCAAUCUAAGCAUUCAAAAUUCACGCUACAGAAACGAUUUCAUCGAAGUAUCCAUGUUGGGAAAAGGAGGAUUCGCAAGCGCAUGGAGAGCACGUAAUAAACUUGAUGACAUUGAGUAUGCUGUCAAGAAGAUCCGCUUGGGGAAGGAUCUUGAUGACGAUGGUAUCAAUCCCUACGAGAGAAUUUUUCGAGAAAGCAAGAAUUUAGCGCGACUUGAACACCAUAACGUGGUUCGUUAUUAUUCGUCCUGGCUAGAAUACACACCAGCAGAUACUCCUAUCACUUCGAGUGAUGAAGGAUCAUGUGAUGAAUUUGGGUAUACUAGUAGCAGACAGGGCUCAGAAUCCUCUGAUAGCGAGGACUCUCAAGCAAGCAUAUUCAAUGGGCAGGAUCCCACAUUUGAUGAUUCCACACCAACAUUCUCUCCCGUAAAACCCUCCUAUGAAGAUAUGUCCCAAAUUGAUUUUGUCCAAGACUACCAAGAGGUCGAUCAAUUAGAACGCCGUGGCGAAGAUAGUGCCAAUUUAUCCAACAGACCGACAACAGAAUAUGUUCCAGAAACCUAUUCUCCAGGCCCAUCUAAUUUGUCUCCAAACCCAUUCAGUAAAUAUGGACAAGUUUGUAGCGGUAGUGGAGGAGCAGAAGAAGGGCCAGGAGGACCAGGAAGCGUAAGAAGAGAAUCCCGACAGAGAAAGAAAUCUACAUCAGAAGAAAGCUUUGGGGCAGGCUGGACAUUGUUUAUUCAGAUGCAACUCUGUCCAACCACUCUGCACGAAUACAUUCGAUUCCGUAACAAGAAGUAUAGCGAGACCAAUAGAGACCAGACAGACAGUGGACGCAACAUCGAAAUCUUCUCGCAGAUUCUAGAAGGCGCAGCUUAUAUUCAUGGUCAGGGUCUAAUCCAUCGCGAUCUCAAACCAAGCAAUAUAUUCCUGGGUAUGCCGACCUAUGGAGAACACAGACGCCACCACAUACGCUCCAGCAGCACUCAUGAGCAUGGAUUUUCGUAUGAUUCCGUUCUUUCGGUCUCAGGUUUGCGAGAAUGUAUGUGGGAGGAAGCCUGGGUACCAAAGAUCGGUGAUUUUGGUUUAGCUUCGGCCGUGAUUCAUGAUUCAGAUAACGGCUAUGAGAAGAACUAUUCGCUUUCCAUGCCGCAGUCAUUUUAUAGUCAUCUCGAGAACCACAACCACAACAGCAACAACAACAAAAAUAUCAACAAUAUCAACAACGACCUGAGUAGAUCCGCUGAACCGGCCGGUCUCAGCACAAGUCUAGACUCAUCUGAUGUUCAAACGAUUUUCAAGAAACGACCACGUCUUCAUCGUAUGCGUACAAGUGGGGUUGGAACGCGUACAUAUGCCUCUCCCGAACAAUUAGCACAUCCUCCUCAAGCUUACGACGAAAAGUCUGAUAUUUACUCAUUGGGUAUAAUAUUCUUUGAACUUUGCCAGCCGUUUGUAACAGCAAUGGAACGCGCUGAUGCGAUCGAUCAUCUAAAGAAAGGUAUUUUUCCAGAAGGAUUUGUCGAAAAACACCCAAAGGAGGCAAGUACACACAAAUAA